UCACAUAUCUACAAAGCUAUAAGUGCUAAAAAAAAGUGAAUAGCUAGACAAAAUCUAUAUUCGUGCGUAUAGUUUAUAUAUGUAUAUAUAUAAGUAGUAUAUAUUCUAUAUCAGCGUAAGAAGCCGAGGCAAUAUAGCCAUGUCCCACCACAGAUUGUCUUGCUGUUUUAAAGCUAUCGUCUUAAAGCAUGGUCAAAACCGUCCAUAAAAACGGUACCCCAAAAUAAGGACACGUUUACUUCUUUUAAACAAAAAAUGUUAAGCUGCACAAGAACCAUCAAUCGUUGCAAAGUAAGCCUUUAUGCCGCACCACCCCUUCAUUAUGAGGUUUUUGUAUUGAAUAUUAGUAGCGGUCAACUCACUCUACCUUCCGAAUAUGAUCACGAAUACAAUAUUAAAACGCUUCAAAUCACUUUUACAAGCGUAAUUAAUGACAGCGUACCUCCAGGUCCCACUAAAACAGUUUCCUUAUACUGUCUAAUAUAAGGUCACAGUUCUAUGAAUAUAUAUAUUUACAUAUGCCCUUCAAAAUUGCAGGGAUCUAUCGUGCAUUCUUGAGUUAAUAUUUAAAUUAAUAUUUUAAAAUUGUACUUACGGACACUAAUUACAGCUCAAUUACAUUUUGGAUAAUAUACUGUACCUAAAAAAGUUUAAACUUAGCUGUAAUGUUGUGUGUAUGUAACCUUGUUUAUCAAAGCUGCGUACUGUAUAUUACACUUUAGCUACAAUAGUUUUAGUUUGUGCUCCAAAAAAUAUAAUUAACAUUAACAAGCAAAUGCAAACCAAUUCAGGACAAUAUGCUUACGCAUAUUUUUCUUAUAAGCGCUCUGACUGCGGCAUGUAACUGCUUAGAAAAUGGAUUAGCAAGAACUCCUCCAAUGGGAUGGUUAUCUUGGGAGCGGUUUCGUUGCAAUACAGACUGUUUAAAUGAUCCAGACAACUGUAUAAGUGAACGACUUUUUCAAAAAAUGGCCGAUCUUCUUGUGUCGGAGGGAUAUGCAUCUGUGGGAUAUGAAUAUGUUAAUAUUGAUGACUGUUGGUUGGAGAGGUAUCGUGGACCUGAUGGAAAACUUCUAUCUGAUCAAAGGCGUUUUCCUAAUGGAAUUAAAGCAUUGUCAGAUUAUAUUCAUUCAAAAGGAUUAAAAUUUGGAAUUUAUGAAGACUAUGGAAAUUACACAUGCGCUGGAUAUCCUGGCAUUAUCGGGUUUGAGAAAAUAGAUGCGUAUCAAUUCGCAGAAUGGAAUGUUGAUUAUGUUAAAUUAGACGGUUGCUACGCCUUACCAUACGAUAUGGAUAGAGGCUACACGGAGUUUGGAAAACUUCUUAACAGUACGGGGAAGCAUAUGGUGUAUUCUUGUAGCUGGCCUGUUUACCAAAUAUAUGCAGGGAUUCCACCAAAUUUUUCAGCGAUUCAAAGUCAUUGCAAUCUAUGGAGAAAUUUUGACGACAUCCAGGAUUCGUGGUUAUCUGUUGAAAAUAUUAUUGAUUAUUAUGGAAAUAAUCAAGAUGUAAUUGCACCCUAUGCUGGACCUGGACACUGGAAUGAUCCUGACAUGCUAAUAAUUGGAAACUUUGGCCUUAGCUAUGAACAGGCGAAGACUCAAUUUGCUGUGUGGGCCAUUCUUGCUGCUCCACUUUUAAUGUCAGUUGAUUUAAGGACAAUACGACCUGAAUUUAAGGAGAUAUUGCUCAAUAGAAAGAUUAUUUCUGUAGAUCAAGAUCCCUUGGGCAUACAAGGUCGAAGAAUAUAUAAACAUAAGGGAAUAGAAAUUUGGUCAAAACCAAUAAGUCCAGUUUAUCAGAGCUUUUACUCCUAUGCUUUAGCCUUUGUAAAUAGACGGACAGACGGCACACCAUCUGAUAUUUCCGUUACAUUAAAGGAGCUAGGUCUGAUCAAUAAUUCUGGAUAUAGAGUUGAGGACCUUUACGAGAACAUUGAUUAUGGAAUAUUGUUCCCGAGAACUAAAAUCAAGGUUAAGGUAAAUCCAUCUGGAGUUGUUAUGUUAAAAGGACAAAUUAAGUUUUAA